AUGGAAACACCUCUCCCUUUCAGAUGGAAGCCUCUCCACAUUGACCGUUACGACGGCACGACAGACCCAGACGAGCACGUCGAUCUGUACAUUACACAGGGUUUUCCCGACCUUGCUCAAGGGGCAGCGCUCAACUGGUACACUCAACUGCCGGUGGAGUCAAUAGACAACUUUGACACUCUAGUAAGGCGAUUCACGACGCAGUUUGCCACGAGUCGACCUCACCAUGUCACAUCAGCCGCCUUGGCUAGUCUCCGACAGGGCGACGACAAAUCACUAAGGGCGUUCAUGGAACGCUUUGCCAGUAUCUCGGUCAAGAUUCAAAAAUUGAACCCCAAGGUCACCCUACACGCGAUGCUCAUGGCGCUCAAGCCUAGACCUUUGGUGGACAGCCUGUGUCUACGAUCUCCUCUUGAUAUGGUCGAACUCCGUGCCCGAGCUGCAGGGUACAUUCAAAUGGAAGAGCACUCUGCUUUUCGUGACCAGGUUCGCAACAAACCAUAA